CGCGGUCUUGUGCCGUAUUUCGUGACCGCCGCCGAUCGGCCAGUUAGUUCCUGUGUGCGCUGCAAGCCGCUGCAAUUGGUGGUCGCCGCGUUUACCGCGCGUUAACGCUCGCUCGCUUUUUCCUUAUCCCGUUCCCUCUCUUUAUCUCUCCGUUGCUUACAAGUUUUACCCUCUUUUCGUCCAUUAUCACUUCGCGCCAUCGCGUCGUUAUCGCCCGUAUACCGCCGGGGUGCGAAAUCGUUUUAUAUCACGACCCGUUCUCUCGCGCCGACUCGUCUCUCCUCGUCGUCGUGUUCGCUCGCCAAAUCGGUGUCGCCGUGAGAAUAACAGUCGUGCGAAUGUGCGCGGGUGUGCCGGUUACGACGCGUUCGCCGCUCCACCGCGGUUCGAUAACAACGCCAUGUUAGUCGUGCGCCGCUAGUGAUUUCCCGCUGGUGAAUCGUCUAGUGCCGCCGUCACCGUACCCUCUUUCCGUUGUCGAUAGAGGACCGGACGCGCCACUUAAAAAACAAAAUCCAAAGGCGAAGGGAUAAUUUUCGCCUAGUCAGAGUAUUGUAAAAUGCCCAUUCAAGUAUCACACGCUACGAGAUGACGCAGAGGGAAGAUGUACUUAAGUUUGAACAGGGGCGCAUUAAAGCCCUCCAGGAGGAGAGGCUACACAUACAAAAGAAGACGUUUACCAAAUGGAUGAACUCGUUCUUACAGAAAGUAAGAAUGGAGGUGGAUGAUCUGUUCCUGGACUUGGCAGACGGGAAAAAACUUCUUAAAUUAUUAGAAAUAAUUUCUGGUGAAAAACUAGGUAAACCCAACAACGGUCGUAUGAGAGUUCACAAGGUAGAAAACGUCAACAAAAGUUUAGCAUUUCUGCACACGAAGGUGAGAUUGGAGAGCAUCGGGGCAGAAGAUAUUGUUGAUGGAAAUCCUCGAUUGAUCUUAGGAUUAAUAUGGACAAUUAUCUUAAGGUUUCAAAUUCAAGAAAUUGAAAUCGACGUGGACGAAGAAAAUGAAAGUAGCGAAAAGAAAUCUGCUAAAGAUGCAUUGCUUCUAUGGUGUCAACGAAAAACGAAUGGCUAUAAAGGCGUUAACAUACAAGACUUUUCAAGCUCGUGGAGAAAUGGCUUAGGUUUCAAUGCAUUAAUUCAUUCUCAUAGGCCUGAUCUUCUCGAUUUCCCUUCGCUCGAAAAGAAUACCAAUAUUGAAAACUUAAAUAUAGCAUUUGAUGUAGCGAACAAUGAACUAGGAAUUCCUAGGCUGCUCGACGCUGAAGAUGUCGAUAUAAACAGACCAGAUGAAAAAUCAGUUAUUACGUAUGUCGCUUCGUAUUACCAUACAUUUGCGCGGAUGAAAAAUGAAAUGAAAAGUGGCAGAAGAAUAGCGAAUAUACUUGGUCAACUAAUGGAUACUGAUAAGAAAAAAAUUAUAUACGAACAAUUAACGUCAGAUUUAUUAGAAUGGAUACAAAUGAAAAUUAAAGAACUUGAUAACCAUAAUUUCCCUAAUUCCUUAGAAGGCAUUCAGCGUGAACUAUUAGCAUUUAAAAAGUACCGAACGGUCGAAAAACCUCCCAAGUACAUAGAACGAAGUGAAAUUGAAGCUCUUUACUUUCAUAUAAAUACCCUACUCAAAUCACUUAGCCAAGGCGUGUUCAUACCCCAAGACGGGCAAUUGAUACACGAUGUCGAACGCAACUGGGAAGCCCUAGACAGGGCUGAACACAAACGUGAAGUUGCUUUACGUGAAGAACUAUUAAGACAAGAACGUCUAGAGCAACUCAAUUACAAAUUUGAAAAAAAAAGUGUUCUUCGAGAUGGAUACCUAAAAGAAAUGAUUCAAGUGCUGAAUGAUCCUAGAUUUGGCAACAGUUUGACACAAGUCGAUGCUACAGUAAAGAAACACGAGGCCAUCAGCGCGGAUAUUAUGGCAAGGGAAGAACGAUUUCAUGAUUUAAAUGCGAUGAGCGAAGAGUUAGUGAAAGAAAACUAUCACGGAGCUUCGAGAGUGAAAAAGAGAGAAGAAGAAGUGUUGCAAAGAUGGAAGGACCUUUUAAUACUUUUAGAAAGUCGUAAAAUAAAUUUAAACAACAUAAGCACAAUGUUUUCCAUGCUCAGAGAGAUAGAAACGGUUAUGUCUACUAUACAGGAAAUUGAAGUGACGUAUAAAUCUGAAGAUGUUGGGCCGCACUUGCUUGUCGUUGAGGAUUUAUUACAAAAACAAAAUUUGACCGAAAUGCAGACCACAGCUAUUGGUGAAACGGUUCGAAGAUUAAAUAGACAAGGUCAACAAUAUGUACCCUCCAAGCAUAAAGAUACUGCUUUGUUAAAGGAAAGUCUAAAUCUAUUAAACACUGCAUACAAUAGACUAUCUGAAUUAAGUAAAGAAAGAAGAGCAAGAUUAGAAGAAGCCAGAAACUUCUAUCAGUUUAUUGAAGAUCAUGAAGAUGAAGAAGCAUGGCUUGUUGAGAAACAACGAAUUUGUAAGGCUGAUAUUUCAGCAAAAGACUUGAGAGGUGUUUUGAGUUUACAACAAAAACAUAAGGUUUUACUGGAUGAGAUGAAAGUACACCGUCAAAAAUCUGAUCAAAUAUAUAAAUCUGGUUUAAGUAUAAAUGCUAGUGAACCUACAGAAAUUCAAUCAAGAAUUGAUUCUUUGCAAAGCAAUUGGAAUUCGUUGAAUAGUUUAUCCCAAGUGAGAACUAAACAAUUACAAGAUGCAGCUGAGGCCUACCAAUUUUAUGCUGAUGCAAAUGAAGCUGAAUCCUGGCUACAUGAACAUUUAACCGUACUGAGCACAACUGAUCACGGAGUUGAUGAACCAAGUGCCCAAGCUUUGUUAGCCAGGCACAAAAUACUUGAAGAAGAGUUGGAUGCAUAUAAAGGAGAUAUACAAUCAUUGAAUGUACAAGUUGAAAAUUUGGUUAAAGCUGGAAUAUCAAAUAUUUUGUUAUCUACUGACACAAAUCAAAAAGUUGAAACUGAACCAAUUGAAGAAUGGGUCUUUGAAACAAGGUUACUUCCUCAAGAGGUUUUAGAAGAAGAAAUAAUUGAACACAUUGAACAUCGAACUGUUGUUGAAGAACGUCAAGUGCCCCAAGUAAAAAGUCUUUAUCCGUUUAGUGGACAAGGCAUGACUAUGACCAAAGGAGAGGUUAUGUUCUUAUUAAAUAAAACAAACCCAGAUUGGUGGAGUGUUAGAAAAAUAAAUGGUCAAGAUGGUUUUGUACCUGCCAACUAUGUUUGUGAAAUUGAGCCUAAAAUUAUGCAAGUUUCAGUUAGGAGGCCACAUGUAGUAAAAAAUUCUAGAAAAGUCCCUAAAGUAAAAAUGGUCAAACAAAAGGUUCGUGUGAAAAAAACAAGAACUCCGGAUAAAGAUGAGUCCAAAAAGAUAGAUAAUACUAACCUUAACAGCGAAAGAAGUAUUGAAAAACGUAUAACAAACAUUAACGAAACUUACAAGAAAUCUCAAGAUUUAGCAAAAAAACGGCAUGCACUUUUGGAAGAUUCAAUUUGUCUUUAUGGAUUUUAUCGUGAAUGUGAUGAUUUCGAAAAAUGGAUUAAAGAUAAAGAAAAAUUAUUAAAGACUGAAGACAAAUUAGAUACUGUUGAAUCUGCGAAAAGAAAAUAUGAAAAAUUUUUAACUGAUUUAUCCGCAAGUAACAAACGGGUAGAAGACAUAGAUCGUGCAGUCAAAGAGUUUACUAAUCUUGGACACAGUCAACUUGAUAUGAUUACCAAGAGGCAAGAUCAAAUACAUAAAAUGUGGGAUCAUCUAAAUUGGCUUAAGUCACAAAAGGAAAAAAAUUUAGAAGGAGCUCUAAGCGUUGAACUAUUUGAAAAGACCUGUGAUGAAGCCAGGGAUUGGAUGACAGAAAAGAUGGAAAAACUUGAUGGAGCCGAAGUAGGAUUAGAUUUAAAAACUAUACAGGCAUUGCAGAGACGGCAUUUAAAUUUAGAGAGAGAAUUGGCACCAGUAGAGGAAAAAGUAAACAGAGUUAAUUUGUUGGCCAAUUCAGUGAAAGUUUCUUAUCCUAAUGAAAAGGAAAAUGUUAUUCAGAGGCAAAAAGAAGUUCAAGUUUUAUGGCAAAACGUUAAGAACAAAGCACUGGAUCGAAGAUCACGUUUAGAAAAUGCUGUUGGACAGCAAAUUUUUAUGAAUAGUUCAAAAAAUCUUUUAAACUGGUUGUCAUCCGUAAAAGAAUUGGUAAACAUAGAUAAUUCUGUUCGAGAUGUUGUAACAGCAGAAAAUUUACUUAAAAACCAUCAGGAACUUGGUGAUGAUAUCAAAGCACACCAAGAUGAAGUGAGAGAAGUAUCUGAACUGGGCCGACAACUGUUAUCUUCUGGUAACUGUAGCAGUGAUGAAGUGAAAGAACGAAAUGAUAAAUUAACAGCAGAAGUGAAUACUGUGACAGAAGAAUGGGCUCAGAAAAAAGAAUGGAUUCAACAAUGUUUAGCCUUACAAAUAUUUAACAAAGAAGCAGAUCAUAUUGAUGCUGCUACUUCAGGCAAUGAAAUGUUUUUGGAGUAUACUGAUUUAGGAGCGUCUGUUGAUGAUGUUGAAGCGCUGUUAAAACGACAUGAAGAUUUUGAAAAUUCACUUUAUGCUCAAGAUGAAAGAUUAAAAACUUUCUGUGAAAUGGCAAACAAACUUAUUUCGACUAAUCAUUAUGAUAAAAAUCAUGUUGAUAAACGUAAAGAAGCUGUUUUGCAUCGCCGUAAUUUGGUAAAAGACCAAGCGGCUGUAAGGAGAAAUGCCUUGGUGGCUAGCAGAAACUACCAAGCGUUCCGAGCAGAUGUAGAUGAUCUUAAAACUUGGCUUACAGAUAAACUGAAAACUGCCAGUGAUGAAUCAUAUAGAGAUCUUACAAACAUAGAAAGAAAACUUCAAAAACAUGAAGCAUUUGAAUGCGAACUACGUGCAAAUGAGGGUCAACUAAGAAAUAUCAAUAAAUGUGGUCAGAGUUUGAUAAAUGAAGACAAUUAUCAAAAGAAUGAAGUAAAAACUCAAUUGUCAGAGUUAAACAAUGAUUGGAAAAAAUUGGUUGAAGUUAGUGUGGAAAAAGGUAAAUGUCUAAGACAAGCAGCUGCUCAACAUACUUACAAUAGAACUUUGGAUGAUGCCAAUUUAAAAUAUGAAGAAUUAAAAAAAGACCUACAAUCACAUCAAGUAGGCACUGAUUUAAGACAUUGCAAACAAUUAAUAAAAAAUCACCAAGUAAUAGAGACUGAAAUCCAACACUGGAAACAAAAAAUAGAUGAUUUAGUUUUUGCUGGAGAAGAAAUGGCUCAGGAUGGUCAUUUUGAUGCAGACAACAUAUUACAAUCUAGCAAAAAAUGCCAACAAAUGUUUAAUGGAUUGAACGAACCACUUAAGCUUAGAAAAGAAGCUCUGGAUGAAUCAUUACGUUUUCAUAAAUUUGGUUUUGAGUUAGAGGCGGAACUUAGUUGGAUACGAGAACAUUUACCUAUGGUCGAAUCUACUGAAUUAGGUACUAAUCUUCACCAAGUACAAACAUUGUACAAAAAACAUAAAAAACUAGAAGCAGAAAUACAAGGUCAUCAGCCAAUGAUCAAUAAAACCCUUGAGUCAGGCCAAUCAUUGAUUCAUCAAAAACAUCCAGAAACUAAAAAGGUAUCAUCAUUAUGUACUGGGCUUGAAGACGCUUGGAAAAAUCUCUUAGAUAAGGUAGAAGAUAGAAGUCGCAAACUUGAAUUAAACCUAAAAGCUCAACAAUUCUUCUUUGAAGCAAGUGAAAUUGAAAGUUGGCUACUUGAAAAGAACAACAUGUUGUCUUCUACAGACUGUGGUCGAGACAGAGAUGCAGCCUCUAAACUUCUCACUAAACAUAAAGCUUUAGAACUAGAAAUUGAUACAUAUGAAGGUAUUGUCAAAGAAAUGUGUCACACCGGAAAUAAUAUGAUGAACUUGAAACAUCCAGACAUUAAAGCAAUCUCGUCUAAACAACAAUAUAUUUGUGAACAGUUUAAAUUGUUACAAAAAUUGGCUACUGCAAGACAACAUAGAUUGGUCGAAAGCAUGUGCAGACAUGAAUAUUUAAUGGAGAAUUAUGAACUAGAACAGUGGAUUAGGGAUAAUAUGCAAGCUGCAUCAUCUGAAGAUUACGGUCAAGAUUUUGAACAUCUCCUGGUGUUACAAAACAAAUUUGAUGAUCUCAAACACAGAGUGGAAACCGGAUCUAAAAGGUUUAAACAGUGUGAAGAUCUUGCUAAUAAAUUGGUUGCCAAUGAUUCUGAAUAUACAUCUGAAAUUGAAAAACGGCAAGAAGAGAUUAGUGAGCUUUGGCAACAGCUAAUAGUUACAAUUGAAAAUCGAGAAAAACGACUGAAAGCAGCAGGCGAAAUACAUAGAUUCCAUAGGGAUGUUGCUGAUGCAUUAUCUCGAAUUAAUGAUAAAGAUGCAACUAUUUCUGAUGAUUUAGGAAGAGAUUUAAAUUCAGUUCUAACUUUAAUCAGAAAACAUGAAGGAUUUGAAAACGACCUUGUUGCUCUAGAAGCACAACUUCAGAUUUUAGUGGAAGACGCUGUUAAAUUACAAACUCUCUACCCCGGGUCAAAUGCUUCUCAUAUUGCAAAGCAACAAGAAACUGUCGUCAAAAGCUGGACUUCACUUCAAGAUCGCUCUGCUCACAGGCGUGAAGCUUUACAAGCAAGCUGUGACUUGCAUAGAUUUUUAGCUCAAGUUAGAGAUCUAGUCAAUUGGUCUAGUAGUUUGCGAGCUACCAUGCUAACCGAAGAAAAAGUAAGAGAUGCAGCUAGUGCUCAACUUUUAAAAGGAGAACAUGAAGCUGUAAAAGCUGAAAUAGAAGCUAGAGAAGAAACUUUUCAAACUGUUGUUGAUCUUGGAGAAGCUCUAGUGCAAGGUGGUCAUUUUGCAGCAAAUGAAAUUCAAGAAAAACAUAAUCAUUUAUUGGAGGAGCGACAUCAAUUACAUGCAUCUUGGCAUCAUAAAAAAGUUCAUCUAGAUCAGCUUAUCGAUUUACAAUUCUUUCUUCGUGAUGCAAAACAAAUUGAUACAAUUUGCAACACACAGGAAGUAGCAUUAGCCAGCUUAGAAUAUGGAAAUACUGUUGAUCAAGUAUCAACCUUAGUAAAAAAACAUGAAGGAUUUGAAAAAUUAUUUGAAACCCAAGAAGAAAAAAUAUCCCUUUUACAAGAACACUGUGAUAAGCUACUUAGUCAAAACCAUUUUGAAAGUGAUCUGAUAUCUAGAAGAUUAAAUGAAGUCUUAACUAGACGAAAACAAAUUCGGAAGUUAAGUGUUUUAAGAAAGCAAAAGUUAGAUGAUGCUUUGCUACAUGCUCAAUUUCUACGCGAUGUUGGAGAAGCCGAAUCAUGGAUUAGUGAAAAACGGAAAAAGCUGGAUGUUGAAAUUAGUAAGGGUGAUGUAAAUAACUUGGAAGACAAAAUAAAAAAAUUGCAAAAACACCAAGCAUUCCAAGCUGAACUUACAGCUAAUCAAGGAAGAAUUAAUUCUAUAAAACAUAAUGCUGAUAUGUUGGUUGAAAAAAAGCACAAAAACUCAAAAGAUAUUCAAGAUUCUUUAGGCAAGCUUUUAGUUUUAUGGAGAAAUCUGUUACAAGAAACUAAUGAAAAGGGCCGAGGCUUAGAAGAAGCUCAAGAUAUAUUAGAAUUUAAUAAUCAAGUUGAUAAAGUAGAAGCCUGGAUUAGAGAUAAGGAAAUGAUGGUCCAAGCUGGAGAAAUGGGAUUAGAUUACGAACAUUGCUUAGCAUUGCAAAGAAAACUUGAAGACAUCGAUAAUCGAGUGGAUGAAGGAAAAAUUGAAAGCAUUAAUAAUUUAGCAGACAAACUCAUAAGACAAGGUCGAAGUGACACACAAUCAAUACAACAACGCCGACAAAAUCUAAAUAAUAAGUGGAAAGCACUUCAAGGCGCCUUAAGUGAAUACAGAGAACAUUUAAACGGAGCUCUAGAAAUACAUUCAUUCAAUCGAGAUGUUGAUGAUACUUUGCAGAGGGUUAGUGAAAAAGCACUAGCAAUGUCUACUUAUGAAACUGGUAAGAACCUUGGAGGUGUUGAGCAACUACAAAGAAAGCAGGAUGCUCUUGAAAGAGAUAUGACAGCCAUUGAAGGAAAAACAAAAGAACAUGAAUCCGAAUGUAGAAGGCUCAUUCAGAAAUACCCAGAUAUGUCUUCUCCUAUCAAAGCUAAGUUAUCUGAACUGCAAGACAACUGGAGGAACUUACAUAUGUUAUCAAAAAAACGUCGUGAAGCCUUAAAUGAGGCAUAUGUUAGAGAAAAAUUCUUAUCAGAGUUAAAAGAAGCGGAACUUUGGGUUGUUGAUUCAAUUAAAAAAAUUAAAGGUCAUGACAUGCCAACAAAUAUGGCAGAAGCAAAAGCUUUAUUGGAAUUGAAUCAAGAAAGAAAAGCUGAAAUUAAUGGUCGCCAAGAACACUUUAAGACAUUGAAAGAAUCUGGAUUGAAAAUUAAUCCAAUUCCUGAAAAAGAACUUGCUCAUCUCGAUGAGUUGCGCAGAACAUUAAGUGCCGCUUGGGAAGAAAGAAGAACGAUGUUAAGUCAAGCUUUAGAACUUCAAAUAUUUAAAAACCAAGCUGAUCAAGUAGAUAAUUGGUUAGCAUCAAAAGAAGCAUUUUUAAGUAAUGAUGAUCUUGGAGAAUCAUUGUCCAGCGUUGAAGAGUUAAUAAGGAAACAUGAAGCUUUUGAGAAAACAUUGACAGCUCAACUAGUCAAAGUUGAAGAGUUAGAAAAAUAUGCUUUGGAACUCGUUACAGGUCAACACUAUGAUAGCAAUGGAAUACAAGGUCGAUUAAUUACCAUAUGUAAUAGACGAGAUAGACUAAAAGAAGCUACUGCUUCCCGCAAAAGACGUUUAAACGAUUCUAGGCUUUUGCAACAGUUCCUAAGAAACAUGUAUGAGGUAGAAGGAUGGAUAAUCCAAAAACAACAAGUAGCUGGAGAUGAAAAUUAUAGGGAUCCUACAAAUUUACAAAGAAAAAUUCAGAAACAUGCUACUUUUGAUUCAGAACUAAUCGCUAACCGUACUCGGGUUAAUGCAAUUUGUACUGAAGGUGAAAACUUGAUUAGUAGUGGGCACUUUGCAAGUAUGGAAAUACGAGUUAGAUUAGAUGAACUUGAAACAAAGUGGCGAAACUUGCAAGAAAUGAGUGCGCUAAAGAAACAACGGUUACAAGAUGCUUAUCAAGCAUUAUUGUUUAACCGCACAUUAGAAGAACUUGAAGCAUGGACAGAAGAAGUAGAAAUGCAAUUACAAUCUGAAGACCACGGAAAAGAUUUACAAAGUGUUGUGAACCUAUUAAAAAGACAUUCACUGUUGGAAAAUGAUGUGCACAGUCAUGGUGAAGCAUGUCAAACUCUUAAAGAUACUGCUCUGACAUUUCAAAAUUCAGAUCAUUUUAUGAAAGAUGAGAUAGAAGAAAAAUCUCAGGCAGUUCUUAAAAGAUAUUACUCUCUUCAAGAGCCAAUGCAAAUAAGAAGGGAUAAUCUUGAAGAUGCUUUAAUCCAUUAUAGACUACUACGUGAUAUUGAAGAAGAAAUGGCUUGGAUUGAUGACAAAGAACUACUAAUAAACUCUAAUGAUUUUGGUUCAAGCUCACACUCAGUACAAGCAUUGCAAAAUAAACAUCAGGCUUUGGAUGCUGAAUUAAUAUCACACGAGCCAGUAAUCGCAGCUCUUGUUGGCAGAGGACAACAAAUGGUUCGUAGUGGACAUUUUGCUGCUCAACAAAUUGAAAUAAAUUACAGUCUACUUCAAGAAAAAAUGUCUCAACUUAAAGAGCAAUCCAAGAUCAGAAAACAAAAGUUAUUAGAUGCAUAUGAAUCACAAUUAUUCUAUGCAGAAGCUAAUGAAGCUGAGGUUUGGUUAAAAGAAAAAUACCCUUUGUUAGCGUCUAAUGACUAUGGAAGAGAUGAAGAUUCUGUACAGACUUUAAUGAAAAAACUUGAAGGAAUCGAAAGAGAACUAAACACAUUUCAACAUACUCUUGAAAGACUUGCAAAAAUGAGUAGAGACCUGAUAAAUCGUUCACAUUUUGAUUCUGAAAAUAUUCUACGUAAACAGACUGAUAUUGAAGAAGUUUAUACAGAACUAUGUACUUUAAAUAAGAGAAGAGCCACUAGAUUAGUAGAAAGUCGUAAAUUUUAUAAAUUUAUUCGGGAAGCAGAAGAUGUUGCCGAAUGGAUAGGAGAUCAAACAACAGUAGCUGCUUCAGAAGAUUAUGGUCGAGAUGUUGAGCAUGUGGAACUUCUAAUUCAAGCAUUUGAAAGUUUCAUGAGUGGUUUAAAUGGUAGUGAAGGACGUAUCUCAAGUUGCAUUAGUAUCGGUCAUAAAUUACUUGAAGAAAAUAACCCUGAACGUGACCAAAUUAGAAUUAGAUUGGAAGACACACAGCAACUAUGGGAUGAUUUGAAAGAGUUGGCCAAUGCUAGACAAGAGGCUUUGAUGGGAGCCAAACAAGUUCAUGUAUUUGAUCGAACAGCUGAUGAAACUAUCAGCUGGAUUCAAGAAAAAGGAACAUUAUUGGCGGCUGAAGAUUAUGGCCAUGAUUUAGACACUAUACAAACUUUAAUUCAAAAACACCAAGGCUUUGAAGCAGAUCUUGCAGCAGUCAAAGAACAAGUGGAAUGUGUUGUACAAGAAGCUGGUAGGUUAUCAGCCAUGUUUCCGGACGCUAAAGAUCACAUUGAAGUUAAACAAGAAGAAGCUGUUGAUGCUUGGACCACAUUACUUGAAAAUGCAAGUCAAAGAAAAAGCAAACUGAACCAAGCAGAACACUUGCAGUCUUACUUUGACCAAUAUAGACAUUUAAUUGCGUGGAUUAACGAAACCAUUGCCAAAAUCACAUCGCCAAUACUCAGUCAAGAUGUGAGUGGAGCAGAAAUGCUAAUAUUACGUCACCAAGAAUAUAACGCUGAGAUUAACAGCCGAUCCGAAGUGUUAGGAGAGUUUUAUCAAACUGGAAAAAAUCUCAUUCAACAUGGUCAUUUUAUGUCGGACGAAAUUAAAGAAAAGAUUCAUAUUCUUGAACAAAGGCAUAAUUUCAUGACUGAUACUUGGGAAAAGCGUAAAAUAUUAUACGACCAGAAUUUAGACACGCAGUUGUUCAAACGAGAUGCUGACCUUUUGGAAUCAUGGAUACAAACUCGAGAACCCGUGUUAAACGAUGAUAAACUAGGUGAAUCAAUAUGGCAAGUUGAAGAACUCAUCAGAAAACACGAAGACUUUGAAAAAACCAUUGAGGCACAGGAAGAGAAGUUCAAUACACUGAAAAGAAUCACUUUGCUGGAAUUAGCAUUCAAAGAACAAUUGGAGACUGAAGAAAGAGCUCGGGUGGCAGAAAAAGAACGUCUUGAAAAAGAAAGGCUUGAGGCUCGUAAGCAACGUGAAGUACAACGCAUUACAGACGAGAGAAAGAAAGAAGGCGAUAGAUGGAAAGUUAAUAAUGUUGGUGAAACGAUGAACGGCGAUGAUGAUGAAUUUGAUCCAAACAUGAGAAUGCAUGAUAAAAAUAUUACGCAUGAAAACGAUGUAGUAGCGCCAUUGAGGUUACCUGAAGUGUUAAAAGCCACAAAUUCUUCAUCUAAAGCCAAUGAUUCGGAUACACUCAUGGUGCCCGGAUCGCCGGCUUUAAACAAUACUGGCAAUUUUUCGUCAAUAUUCGGAAAUCGUUUGAAAAAAGACGUAAAACGGGCCGAAAGUAUGAAAGCGGACGCGUACAAGAAACCAAAGCGAACACCUAGUUUCACUACUCGCAGGAGAACGCAGAGCUUCCGUAAGCUCCAGAAAUUAGAAAACGUGGACCAAUUGCCGCCGGUAGAAAUCCAAGGGUUCUUGGACAGAAAGCAUGAAUUACAAAGCAGCGGGAAGAAGGCGGCCGUUAGGUCGUGGAAGACUUUUUACACCGUAUUAUGUGGUCAGCUGUUGUGUUUCUUCAAAGACCAGGAAGAUUUUGUAUCCAGCAAAGCGGCGACGUCGCCAAUAAUUAUAUUCAAAGCGAAAUGCGAAAAAGCGUUCGACUACACGAAACGGAAACAUGUGUUCAGGCUUUGCUGUACAGAUGGUUCCGAAUUUCUCUUCCUAGCGGACACGUCCAAAGAAAUGGAAGAAUGGGUCAACAAGAUCACUUUCCACGCGCAACUACCUCCCAGCCUUCAACUUCUAAGUUACGAUGACAACCAAAAAGGUUCGCCCAGGUCCGACCAAACCCCGGUUCCGUCGACGGUCAUAAGCACGAGUUCGAGCGCGGCUACAACGCCGGAAACCGAGCGUAAGCCCAUGGCUCCGCCGCCGCCACCGCCAGCCGUAAACGUCCGGAAAGACGGUCAAAUCCGUCGGCCCAUACCUGUACGACCGCCUUCGGUGGACAACAUACCAUACCAAAAUAAUCACUCGGCCGUCGACUCCACGGAUUUCAAUUCCAAAAUUUCACAAUCCGGAUACCCCGCACGGCCGCAUUCCUAUUACUCGAACGGAAAUAACGAUUGGAACAAAGAAGCGAUCCACCCCAAGUCACCAGAUGUUGCCCCGCCACCAUUGCCCACCACGGCUCCACCGGUGAAAUCGGCCAACAGAGACACGUGGACUUCAGACUAUAGACACAGUGCCGUGUACGCGAACGUCGACGCGCUCAAACAACCACCACCCCCGGUGCCGAACAGAUCGGCUACGUUGCCGGUGACCAGUGGUCAGCGAGCCAGCGAAAGUUCCAGUGAGAGCGAACACCAGACGCCGAUUGGCCGCAAGGACAAGCGGUCGAGCGUUCUGUCCAGCCUUUUCCGAAAGAAAAAGGCCACCAACCUGUGAAUACGUAUAUUAUAUAAUAUUAUCUAACCUCUACCCAUCGACGAUCGUCAGUGUUUUGUUAUCAAUUGUACUCGUAAGUACAAUGCGAUACACUAUUUUUAUACGCGAAAAAAAAAAAUAAUAAUAAUAAACCAUUAAAUAUCGGUUACAACGACACGCUCAAAAUUCCUUACUUCCUUCGAGUGGCCACGUUUUGAGGAUGGUAAACAACCAAACCCAAAACCAUCUCGAACUCCCAAACAUCUCCAAUACAGGUACUUAGGAUUACAAUGUCUGUAAUAUCGUCCCCCGGCAUGCGCGACGAACGUAUUUUUUAAUUUUUUGUUUCAUUUCUCUGAUAUUAAAGUUUCCGGAAUUCGAAUUUUGAAAUGCCAU